GAACCCUAGCUAGAGAAGAUGCGAGUGAGUGUUCGAUGGCUACAGCUGGUGCCGGCCUACGUGGUCCACCCUCGAGUGGAGACGGUGGAGGCAGACGUGCAGGGGUACCACUGGACCGGGUGCCGUCUCCUGGAGGGUGUCCCACAAGCCGUGCGGGAGAUAGAAGCCAGAGUGGACGUCUCUCUCUUCAGGAGGGAGGUUCUGCGGAGUAUCGUGGUGGCGAGGGAGUUCGAGACGCCCAGUAAGGAGAACGGUCUCCCGCCACUCUCGUAUGCUGCGAAUCUUCUUCGCCACGUACUGAUGUCCGUAUUCUCCCGUGCACCCUCGUAUCCCCAGCUCCAAAAUCUGCACCUUGCACAAGGGUUGAGUGUGAGUGGAUCAUGGAUGUGUCAUGGUCACAGAAUGGCAGUGAGUGGCCGACCGGGUGACAUGCUCCUCUCCCGCCACCCCCUCCCUCCCCUCUUCUCCCCCGAGGAGGCAGAGUCUGCCCAAACUGUAGCCACGCCCACCAGAGAGUUGUUCACAGACUUGAAACAGUGGGAGAUCUGUGACUGGGCUGAGGAGGAGAGAGACAAAGACAGCGAGGGAAAGGAGGAGGACGAGGAGGGGUCGGGUGGCACGGUCGAAACCUUUCCCCACCUCCAUACACUGUUCAUGGUGUCCAAGUCUCAUCUGUGGGAGGUCCAGCAGAUCCAGAAAGGUCUCCUAUUUUUGUUCUCUCGUCUGGUGGAGGAGGGAGUGAGCCGAUAUGGGUCUGGGGUGAUGAGGGAAGGAGCAAGACUGCCACACCCCCUCUGUGGGCAGUGUGUGGUGACCGAUGGACGAAGUGUGACACUAAUGUGGCUGCAGAUGUCCAGUCUUAACGUGGAAGGG